AUGGAAUGCGAGAAAGAGCAUAUAAGACAUUGCUUGUUAUACGAGUUCGAUAAAAAGAGUACGGCAGCCGCAGCACAUCACAAUCUUUGUCAAGUUUAUGGAGAGGAUACAAUAGACGAAAGCACAUGUCGUCGAUGGUUUCGUAAAUUUAGAGAAGGAGACAGAAGCUGCCAAGAUCAGGCUAGGAGUGGCCGGCCAUCACAAGUUGAAGACGAUAUUGACAUAGCCAUAAGGAACAACCCGAGCCUAACCGUGCAAGAAUUAGCGGAGACCUUCAACGUACACUGGAGAACAGCCGAGAGACGGUUGGUUAAGUUGGGUUUUACAAGAAAGUUAGAUCUUUGGGUUUCACAUAACCUGACAGCUAAUCAACAAGAUGUCCGAAUCGCCACCUGUGUUUCCUUGCUUUCCCGGUACAAAAACGCCAUAUUCUUGAGACGAAUUGUGACAGGAGAUGAGAAAUGGGUUAUGUACUGUAACUUAAAGCGUCGUAGUACUGUGUGUCGUUCUUCUGACCCGCUUGCAUUGAUUUCGAAAGCUGAAUUUCCUCCCAAGAAGAUGUUAUUGAAUGUGUGGUGGGUUGUGCAGGGAAUAAUUCACUAG